AUGGUUUUAAAUGUUGGAGAAAUAUCAUAUCCACAUACUGUUACAGAUAAUGGAAAUAAUGUUAAAUCUGCAGUAACAAGAUUGGAAAAAGAUUGGAUCCCAUGUGCUGCUCAUACAUUACAAUUAUUAAUUACUAAAGAAUUGAAAAUAAUUGAUCCUCUGAUAACAAAA